AUGUGUGCCUCGCUUUGGAUAAUUUCCUAUUGGUACUUCUUCUUGACACGCUUCUACCAUGGAAUAUGCACAGGAAUGCUGUUCAUUGCUGUCCCUCUAUAUCUUGGAGAGAUCUCACCUAAAAGCUUGAGGGGAGGCAUUAUCAUGAUGGUCCUAGUGUUUUAUAUCAUUGGUGUGCUGUUGGGUCAGAUACUUAGUCUUCAAGAAGUCUUUGGAACCCAAAAAGGUGUCCCAGUUCUGCUGAACCUAACAUGGGUAAUGCCCGUGUUUCAGAUCCUUCUACUGCCCUUCUUUCCUGAAAGUCCUAGGUAUUUAUUCAUUCAGAAGAAGGAUGAAGUAAGGGCAAGACAAGCACUGAAGAAGCUAAGAGACAGGAGUGAUGUGGAGGAUGAGAUUGAAGAGCUCCAUCAAGAGGACCUUGUUGAGAAGGCAGAAAAGAACAUGACUCCUCUUAAACUACUAUUAAAGACCCCAAAAUUGCGGUGGCAAGUCAUUACCAUAAUUGUCUUGAUGGGUGGACAGCAGGUCGACGGCAUUAGUGUGGCAUACCUUUAUAAGGAGAAAAUCUUCAUGAGUAUGAUGCUGGGGGAAAAUGAAAUCCAUUUUGCUUUGAUAGGCACAACUGUUUUUUACUGCUUCUCAAGUAUAUUAGGGGUGUAUUUCGCUGAUUCUAAGGGGCACAGGAUUCUUCUUGUCACUGGCUUUGGGAUCUGCUGCAUCAUCAGUGUUCUGCUAAACAUGACCCUAGGAAUAGAGACCGCCAUCCCAGAGAUUGUGUAUUUCACCUUAAUUUUUAUAAACAUAUUCAUGUUUGGACAUGCCAUUGGGCCAGGUUCACUUCCAUCUGUACUUGUAGCGGAGCUGUUCCUUCAGUCAUCACGAUCUUCAGCCUUUGUGAUUGCAGGAGUUAUGAAGUGGCUCACAAACUUCCUUGUAGGAGUGAUAGUCCUUUAUGUAGAGAGAAAUCUUGGCGCCUACAGCUUCACCAUUUUCUGUCCUGUGCUUAUAGCCAUCUUUAUUUAUGUUUUCAAGUUCAUUCCAGAAACCAAAAACAAGACCUUUCUUGAUAUCAGGAGACUCAUGGGAAUCCACAAUGGCAAGAAGAUUGACAUAAAGGAACAGACAGACAAGUAG